AUGGUAGCCCUACAGCUUGUUGCGCUUCUGGCGCCGUUUUGUUUUUUCUUGCCUCAAGUCACAGAGGCUCAAUACUUGCAGGACUAUAUGCCUGAUACUACCAAUCCUGGCAACUACCUGUACACGUCUCUUCCACAGAUCGCGCCAUGGCGCGUUAUCAACAUCGAGCCUUACACCGUCUACCUGGUGUACAACUGCUACUACAUGAGAGAAAUCUGCAAGAAUGCCGAGAUCUUCAGCGGGUCCGCACGGGGGCGGGCUCUGCACCCCCAGAGCGGCCUCUCCAACGAUGUAUAUGGCUAUGAUCUAGACACGGGCGAGGCUGGCACAGGCCAACCAAAGUCUCAUCAAGAGAACCGUCGGUCUGCAUCUUGUCCGGAUAGCUGGAAAACCAGCCACCCCUGUCCAGAAGCGGACGGGAGCCAGAGGAAUCCCAUGCGACAUGAUGGCGAGUGGUUCACGACUGCACUCGAGCCGGGGACAACUGUCAAUAACCUACAGAACCUGCGUGUCAAUAACCAGGUUGUUAGAUACUCCAAUAUCCGGUACACGUGCGAUGAAUUUCCGCCAGCCACCUGGGUUGAAGGCGGUAACGGCUACGGUGCAGGUUCCCCUUCCAACACGCGGUGUGCCGCACUCGCCUGCUCAAACUUCAACGAGCCUGUUGUCAAGGCGGAACAGAAUUGGCAGGGGCUCUCUCACGGCGUGCUGCGCUUAGAGCUCCAAGCGGCAGCCCAGAACGAUGCUAGCUAUAGUCCGACCAGGUCGAUCAUCCUCUUCAGGUUCCGUGCCGAUAAUGAUGGCCCGGACGGCAUCGCUGCCCGUGUAUAUGUCAUGGAGGACAUUGGCAAUGCGGACCAGUUGGUGGCCGACCGGUACACGACCCAAGAAAAGCGCCAGAUUCGCGUGAAUUCUACCAUGACUGGUCCAGGCCUGACGGUGGAAGAGCUCAAGGCCCGCGUAAAGGCGGGUUUGGGCUACGAAACUUGGGUGCACGAGAACUUGACUAUCCCCGGCCUUCCCGGCAUGGAUCGACCAUACAAGUGGGAUGCGGAGGACAUGAUGGAACAGCAAGAGGCGGCGGCAAGAUCGCGUAUCAACGCGACGCUUCCCAGGAGCCUACCAGCCAACCUGAAGCCCGUGCCCCAGAGAAUCCCAUCCCACCGAGUCACGCCGCUGAUCAAGAGAGCCACGGCGGCAGAGCUGAAGUCUGCCCGCAGCAUCGUGGCCAAGGCCUUUAACGAGUCGCAGAAGCUCAAUAAGGCGCGCGUGGCGAGCCCGCUCCGCAACAAGUACACCUUGAGGCCCGGAACGAAGAUUGCUGGAGGCACGGCUCCGGGCGACAGCAGCAUCAAAUCUAUCAACAAGGAUGUCCCGCCGCUUCUGGUCAUUACCGAGGAAAUUGCCGCGGCGGCGGCCCUGGUGGCCGAAGCAGAGAUGAAGACCAAGUCACGGAAUGUCACGAGGCGCGCUGCUGCAGCCGGCUCGGGAACGUUUUGGAUGCAAGAUAUUGCCCGUAAAGGCACAGUGCCUUGGGGAGACGACCCAGACUAUGUCAUCUUCAGAAAUGUGCUCGACUAUGGAGCGGUGGGGGAUGGUGUCACGGACGAUACAAAGGCCAUCAACAAGGCGAUGGGGACGAACAGCACACGAUGUGGCAAGGGUUGCAACGGGUCAACCACCAAGAACGCCAUCGUGUACUUCCCACCAGGAACGUACCUGGUAUCCUCUACCAUCGCCAUGCCCUUUGGCACGCAGGUCAUUGGUGAUGCCAACAACCGACCGACUCUCGUAGCUGCUCCAAGCUUUGUUGGUCUGGGUGUACUGUCCACGGAUGAGUAUACCGGUACAGGAGGCACUGGAAUUGACGGCGGAGACCCUGAAUACUAUGUCAACACUGCCAACUUCUACCGUCAGAUCCGAAACAUCAUCGUAGACGUUCGACAAGUCACCGCCGGAGCCACCAUCACAUGCAUCCACUAUCAGGUCGCUCAAGCCACGAGCACCCAAAACGUCGAGCUGAUCGCUGAGGCUGGCACGGAGCAGAUUGGCAUGUUCGCCGAGAAUGGCAGUGGCGGAGGCAUCUCCGACAUCACGUUCACCGGCGGCGGCAUCGGCCUCAAGGGCGGCAGUCAGCAGUUCACGGCGCAGCGCCUCACCUUUAAUGGCUGCGAUAUUGGCGUCCAGGUCAUUUGGGACUGGGGCUGGGUCUGGAAGUCUAUUACGAUGAAAGGCGUGGGCACUGGGUUUCAGCUUGUUGGUGAUGGUGGCGUUGGGAAUAUUGGUUCCGUCUCCAUCUUGGACUCGUCCUUCUCAAGCGUCAGCAAAGCAAUCGUUGUCAACCCCAUCAAGUCGACUCCUGGAAGCGGCAGCACGGGAGUGUCUCUCGAGAACGUGGCCCUCUCAGGAGUUGGCGUGGCCGUCGCCGAUACCUCCGGCGCAACCCUCCUGGCUUCGUCGGGCCUUAUAGACCAGUGGGUGGUCGGACCGGUCUACGAAGGCGCGUCGACUGCUCGCUCCUUUUCCAACGGUGGCAAGAUUGGAGAGUACCGCAGGCAUUCAACUCUCUUGGAUAGUGAAGGCAACUACUUUGAGCGCGCAAGGCCUCAGUACGAAGACCAGGCUGUUUCGUCGUUUCUGCAUACCAAGGACCUCGGCUGUGCAGGCGACGGUUCCACUGACGACACGGCAGCUUUCCAGGCCGCCCUGUAUGCCAGCUUGGGCAAGAUUCUUUUUGUUGACGCCGGAACGUAUAUCCUCACCUCGACAAUUACCGUUCCUUCGGGUGCCAAGAUUGUGGGAGAGACUUGGUCGCAACUGGCUGCGGCGGGCUCGUAUUUCUCGGAUGCAAGCAAUCCCAAAGUCUUGAUCCAAGUAGGAACAGACGGGGAGAUUGGCAAUGUAGAAAUGCAAGAUCUUUUAUUCACGACCCGUGGCCCGACGGCCGGUGUCAUUCUUGUCGAAUGGAAUCUCCAGGCUGAGUCUCAAGGCUCCGCCGGGCUCUGGGAUUGCCACGCACGGGUGGGAGGUGCCACAGGAACGGAGUUGACGCCUGCUGAGUGUCCUCCCGCCACGAGUGGCAUCGACCCGGGAUGUUCUGCUGCCAGUCUGAUGAUGCACCUGACGAAGUCUGCGUCGGGCUACUUUGAGAACAUGUGGCUCUGGGGAGCUGACCAUAUGAUUGACGACCCUGAUCUGAAUGAUGCAAAUAAUACGAUGGUCCAAACCUCCAUCUACAUUGCUCGUGGCUUCUUGAUCGAGAGCACGAAUCCUACCUGGCUUUACGGCACUGCCUCGGAGCACUCUGUCUUUUAUCAGUACAACUUCCACUCGGCAUCAAACAUAUAUGCCGGCAUGCUGCAGACUGAAUCGCCCUACUACCAGCCAACGCCCCCGCCGCCAGCUCCGUUUGCCGACGUUGUUGGUAAAUUCCCCGGGGAUCCCGAUUAUACGUGUGCUGCAGGAGACGACUUCAGCGGCUGUGACGAAUCCUGGUCUACCAUUAUCACAGGCUCCAAGAACAUAUUCAUUGCGGCUGCAGGCAUUUACUCGUGGUUCUCGACCUAUUCCCAAAGCUGCAUCGAUACGCAGCAGUGUCAGAAAGCCAUCAUGCUUCUCAAAGACAACUUCGCCAACAUUCGCAUUACGAAUCUCGUGACAAUUGGCUCCAAGUACAUGGCUGUUAUGGACGGCAAAGGCAUCGCGGCUGCGGACAACCUCAACGUCGAUGUCCACCCUGACUGGUCUCAGAUCAGCCUUCUCGAUGUAGGGAGCAACGGUACUACUGACUUCGAAGAGUACAUCUGGAUCGACCCCGAGAUCUGGGAGAUGGAUCAGCCUCAGUUCACCUGCUCUCCCCCUUGCAAUGUCAAGAUACCGCCGUGGACCGGCGCAACAAGCACCGUUGAUUACCCUCUCAUCACCGUCAGCCAGGGAACUUGGACGAGCACAAUCACGCAGCCACCGCUGACCAUUACGGAGUGGGUGUUUGAGGUGGCAACGUUGACCCAGGACGCCGCCGCCAAGAACAAACGGGCUGCAGAAACUCUGUGGCCCGUCCCAGCAACGACACCGUUCUGGCCUGCUGUUGUCUACAACGGCGGCAUCGACGGGAAACAGACCACGACGUCCGCUACAGGGCCUUUCCCCAAGCCUCCCAAGUCCAUCGGUCCCGAUGCCCCUGCGCCGCCCUCCGGGAGCUGGCCCAAACGGGGCAUCGAGCCUAUCUUCGGCUUUCCUGAAGGUCCGCUGGGGCUGGAAUGCUCCUUUCUCAGCUUCGAGGACCCAAACUGCGUCACUCAGCCAUGGUUCUUUGGCAAUUUCAGCUCUCCCGGCGGCGACGGCGAUGACGUUGAGAAUAUCUGGGACGCGAAGACGAGAUGCCCUGCCACGACCAGCUCAAAGACUACGACCAGCUCCAAAGCAUCACCCACCCGCCCGGCGCCGUCGCAGUACGUCCAAGGCGACCCGCGGACCAACUCCGUCAAGUGCUACAACAGCGGCGAGACGACCGAGGACGUGCGGAUGCAGAACGCGGCCAAGAGCUUCUGCGGCGACAUCUCCAACGACAUCCUGGGUCCCGGCUACUUUGCGUCCAAGGACUUUCCGUUCCCGUACAACGGAGGCCUGGGCACGGUCGACAUUACGAUAUCGCUCCAGAUCAAGCCGCGGUGCAGCUUCGACAUCAUCAGCGCGCUGAGUCGGAGAGACCUCCAGGGGCGAGACAACCCCAACUUUGACAUGACCUUGUGUGAGAAGUAUCUGUCUGUGCCCGCGGACAGCUGUAACUGCGCUGGCGUCAACGGGAAGCAAGGAGGGAUCGUGGAGAAUAACUGCUAUAUAUGGAGGAUUGACCCCAAUCUUAGUCUAUAG